GAUUCCAUUGCCUAUGAAAUCUACACCUUACAUAAACCCUAGUGGAAUUAGUGAAGAAAAUUGGAGAGAUUUAAAAAAAUAAUAAUAAUCUGAAAACAGAGAACAAGAAUGGUGGGUACAAAUUUGAAAGCAGAAACUAUGAAGCUAAUGGAUCAAAGAGCAAAUACAGAGGCUGAAAUGGACGUUAUUAUUCAGCGCCUUUGCCAACCUGGUGGCCCUGGACUUUCAGGCAACCUUGUUGAUUCUGAGGGGUUCCCAAGAACUGAUAUCGAUAUUCCAACUGUACGGUCUGAUCGGCGUAGGCUUGCGGAGCUACGUAAUGAUCACAAGAUUAUGACAGAAAAAAUAGACCAAAAUAUUCAAGUUCUACAUUCAGCACGGCUUGCUUCUACACCUUCAUCUGUCAAAGACUCAGAUGACACUGCUGUUUUAGGUGUUCAAGGAUCUGCCGUCAAUAUUGCUUCCUCAUCAUCUCCAGAUAAUUAUAUUGCGACAGCUGCUACAAGUUCUAUGGAUGUGGAUGUAGUUGUCAGCAGACCCUUUGCGGUGAUUGAUGAAAUAACCGAGGCAUCUCCAGCAGCAGAAGACGGGUUACAACUUGGAGACCAGGUUAUGAAAUUUGGGAAUGUGGAAUCAGGUGAGAAUCUCUUACAGCGGCUUGCUGCCGAAGCACAGACAAACCAGGGGUGUGCAGUGUCCAUGAAAGUUAUGAGGCAAGGUGCUAUCGUUAACUUACAAGUGACGCCAAGAAUGUGGCAAGGUCGUGGCCUGCUAGGAUGCCAUUUCCGGAUCUUAUGAUGAGGUUGUCGACUGUAGGUCCGCACCAAAUGGUAUGUCACAAAGAGUUGAUGUGAAGAAGAAUUUAUCGGUGUCUUGUUAAACAAUCGUAUCUUUUCUGUUGGUCUAUGAACGCGAAAUGAUGUAGCGUGGAUAUCAUUAUUGCUUUCGAACAGCUAUAUAUACUCAAUUCCAUCAUAUGGAUGGAAUACUAAUACUUGUUAACAUUGGGUGCGCGGGGUCAUGUAUUUUCCUGGAUUUGUAUCAGGAAUUUCUUUAUCACCUUUGGUCUUCCUAUUGAGGUUCUAAUUUUGUAGCUUAUUUCUUAGCACUGAUGUAUUUGCUCAAAACUUUCUUGAACCCAGCUUGAGCUAUAGCAUAUUUAUCCCACACAGGGUGACUUUCCAAA